UCGUCAAAAAACUACACUUUCAAUCAUUCCUCCCUUCAAAAAGAUGACAACCCUCAAGCUCAAAAAGCUCCUCCUAACCGCCGCCGCACUCGCGGCGAUCGUCGUCGCUGCUCUGCCCCACACCGCCUCGGCCCAGAACUGUGGGUGCGCGGCUAACCAGUGCUGCAGCCAGUGGGGCUACUGCGGCACGGGGAAUGACUACUGCGGGACGGGUUGCCAGGCGGGCCCGUGCAACGCGCCACCCCCCACGAACGGCGUGUCCGUGGCGGAUGUGGUGACGGAGGCCUUCUUCGACAGGAUCACCGGGGAGGCCGCGGACAGCUGCGAAGGGAAGGGCUUCUACUCGAGAGAAAAGUUCCUUGAGGCCGCGGGGAGUUAUCCUCAGUUCGGCAGAGUCGGGAGCGUCGACGAUUCGAAACGAGAGAUUGCCGCAUUUUUGGCUCACGUCACUCAUGAGACUAUACAUUUUUGCUACAUAAACGAGAUAGAUGGAGCAUCAAAGGACUACUGUGAUGAGACGAACACCCAGUACCCAUGCAACCCGAGCAAGGGGUACUACGGCCGCGGCCCCAUCCAACUCUCUUGGAACUUCAACUACGGCCCGGCCGGAGAGAGCAUCGGGUUCGAUGGGCUCAACUCCCCCGAGACCGUGGCCACCGACCCGUUGAUCUCCUUCAAGACCGCUUUUUGGUACUGGAUGAACUCCGUCCGCCCGGUCAUCAACCAAGGGUUCGGAGCCACCAUCAGAGCCAUCAACGGCGCGCUCGAGUGCAAUGGCGGGAACCCCACCGCCGUCCAGGAUCGGGUUCGGUAUUACACUGAGUAUUGCAGCCAAUUUGGGGUCGCUCCAGGAGAUAAUCUCACUUGCUAGCUAGAGUAAGACUAGACGUGAAAUCAAGUUGUG